AUGCCUGCCAGCCGCCUUGGCCCACUCGCCGCCGCCCUCCUGCUGGGCUUGCUGCUGCUUGGCCUGCCCCCGGUCCGCAGCGACACAGAAACACAGAAACCGGGCGUGUGCCCUGAACUCCAGGGCGACCUGAACGGCAUGGAGGAGUGCGUCUCGGAUGGAGACUGCGCCGAGAACCUCAAGUGCUGCCGGGCGGGCUGCAGCGCCGUAUGCGUUAUGCCCAAUGAAAAGCCAGGCUCCUGCCCCCGGCUGGACAAAGGCAUCCCCCCGCUGGGCAUCUGUGAAGACCAGUGCCAGAUGGACAGCCACUGUCCAGGCCAGAUGAAAUGCUGCCGCAACGGCUGUGGACAUGUGUCCUGUGCCACACCCAGCUUCUGA